GGGGAGGGGCUUCAGUCACCCUAAGGCCACGCCCAGCUCUGCCGAACUCAUCACCAGCUGGACCAUGUCGAGAUCAGGGCAGUUGGCAUGGCGACCACCACCACCAUCACCAUCACCAAAAACAACAACAGCGACAACGUUGUUUACCGCCGUUGCCCGGGCAACUGGAAUGCGGCUAUUUUUGGCAUGGUGCGUUACCAUGACGAGCUGCCUGUCGCUGGCCACGGCUGCCCAGCAGCAUCCCAUCGUCACCACCAACUACGGCAAGCUGAGAGGGAUAAAAACCGCGCUGCCCAACGAGAUCCUGGGGCCCGUGGAGCAGUACCUGGGCAUCCCGUACGCACUGCCCCCGAUGGGCGAGCACCGGUUCCAGCCGCCCGAGCCGCCUUUGUCCUGGCCCGGCAUCCGCAACGCCACACAGUUCGCGCCCGUGUGCCCCCAGUUCCUGGAGGACCGCUUCCUGCUGAACGACAUGCUUCCCGUGUGGUUCACGGCCAACCUGGACACGGUGGUCACGUACGUGCAGGAGCAGAGCGAGGACUGCCUCUACCUCAACGUCUACGUGCCCGUGGAGGACGGAGGGAACAUGUACACUCCCCGUGAUGAAUUCACCAAUAAUGAUGGUGGAGAAGACGAAGAUAUCCACGAUGAGAACGGCCUGCGUCCGGUGAUGGUGUACAUCCAUGGGGGCUCCUACAUGGAGGGCACGGGGAACAUGAUCGACGGCAGCAUCCUGGCCAGCUAUGGCAACGUCAUCGUGGUCACCAUCAACUAUAGGCUGGGCGUGCUGGGUUUCCUGAGCACUGGGGACCAGGCGGCCAAGGGGAACUACGGUCUGCUGGACCAGAUCCAGGCGCUGCGCUGGAUCAAGGAGAACAUCCAGGCCUUCAAAGGAGACCCCAAGAGAGUCACCAUCUUUGGAUCGGGCGCCGGGGCCUCCUGCGUCAGCCUGCUCACACUCUCACACUACUCAGAAGACCUGUUCCAGAAGGCCAUCAUCCAGAGCGGGACGGCGCUCUCCAGCUGGGCGGUGAACUACCAGCCGGCCAAGUACACGCGCAUGCUGGCCGAGAAGGUGGGCUGCAACAUGCUGGACACUGUGGACCUGGUGGAGUGCCUGCAGAACAAGAACUACAAGGAGCUCAUGGAACAGUACAUCACACAGGCCAAGUAUCACAUCGCGUUCGGGCCGGUGAUCGACGGCGACGUGAUCCCGGACGACCCCCAGAUCCUGAUGGAGCAGGGCGAGUUCCUCAACUACGACAUCAUGCUGGGCGUCAACCAGGGCGAGGGCUUCAAGUUCGUCGACGGCAUCGUGGACUCGGAGGACGGCGUGUCGGCCAACGACUUCGACUUCGCCGUCUCGGACUUCGUCGACCACCUCUACGGCUACCCGGAGGGCAAGGACACCCUGCGCGAGACCAUCAAGUUCAUGUACACCGACUGGGCCGACAAGGAGAACCCGGAGACGCGGCGCAAGACGCUGGUGGCGCUCUUCACCGACCACCAGUGGGUGGCGCCGGCGGUGGCCACGGCGGACCUGCACGCGCAGUACGGGUCUCCGACGUACUUCUACGCCUUCUACCACCACUGCCAGAGCGAGAUGAAGCCCAGCUGGGCCGACUCGGCGCACGGCGACGAGGUGCCCUACGUCUUCGGCAUACCCAUGCUAGGGCCCACCGACCUCUUCAACUGCAACUUCUCCAAGAACGAUGUGAUGCUGAGCGCUGUCGUCAUGACCUACUGGACUAACUUUGCCAAGACCGGGGACCCCAACCAGCCGGUGCCACAGGACACCAAGUUCAUCCACACCAAGCCCAACCGUUUCGAGGAGGUGGCCUGGUCCAAGUACAACCCGAAAGACCAGCUCUACCUCCACAUCGGCCUCAAGCCCCGCGUGCGCGACCACUACCGUGCCACCAAAGUGGCCUUCUGGCUCGAGCUGGUCCCGCACCUGCACAACAUCAACGAACUGUUCCAGUACGUUUCCACGACCACCAAGAUACCGCCGCAGGACACCACGCCCUACUCCUACACCAAGCGCCUGGGCAAGAACUGGCCCUCCACCACCCGCCACCCGGCCGUGCCGCCGGCUAACACCAAGCAGAACCCGGACCAGCGUCGGGCGGACGGUCUGGACGAGACGUCGGUGGUGAUCGAGAAGCGCGACUACUCCACGGAGCUGAGCGUGACCAUCGCGGUGGGCGCCUCGCUCCUCUUCCUCAACAUCCUGGCCUUCGCCGCGCUCUACUACAAGAAGGACAAGCGGCGGCACGAGUCCAACCGGCGCGGCCCGAGCCCGCAGCGCUCCGGCGGCGUGGGCGGCAGCAGCGGCGCCAUCCCCGGCUCGGCCGGCGGCCUGGCCCACGGCUCGGUGGGCUCGGCGGCGAGCGUGGCCGGCUCCAACGAUGUGUCGCACCUGCCCAGCGAGGAGCUGAUGUCGCUGCAGAUGAAGCACCACCAGCUGGAGCACCAGGAGCGCGAGCACCACCACGACUGCGACUCGCUGGCGCCGCACGACACGCUGCGGCUCACCUGCCCGCCCGACUACGCGCUGACGCUGCGGCGCUCGCCCGACGACGUGCCGCUCAUGACGCCCAGCACCAUCACCAUGAUCCCCAACUCGCUGGCCACCAUGCAGCAGCCCCUGCACAACUACGGCAGCUACGGGGGCAGCCAGAACAGCACCAACCUGCCCCACGGACACUCCACCACCCGCGUAUAG